GAAUAAGUAUCAGACAUUCAGGAUGAUACUAAUACAACUGAUUUCUGAUGAAAUACUAAAUGUCGUAAUAAUAAUAAUAAUAAUACAAUUGAAGUAAACUAUUGCACAGAAAUACAAAGACAUACAUUUUUAUUUAUCAAGAGAAUGAAAGGAUAAUAAUAAAUUGUUAGAAACAACAUGAAAACCCUUAUCAACAAUGCAGUUGGAUUGAUAAUAAAUGUUUCAGAAGCAAAAUAACUCUUCUCUAUUUUCCCUGUAUUAUUAUUUUUUUAUUUACAGUGGAGUCCUGACAACCUUAGUACUUUCUCCAUAAGCUCGUAUGUUACCGCACCCCAUAUUUGCACCGGCGGUGCAUAUGAAAAGAACCAUUCUACUUCUGUUCCUUCAGAAUUUGACAGUGGACUCGUGCAACUUAAUGUGCGCCCUUCCCAAAAUAUGUAGCCAAUACAGGUAAAGCUCUUCUAACUUUUUUUACCAAUCAUACGCGAGUCUCUCCUCACUCUCGGCCUAUCAGUUUCGAGUUUUUAACUCCUCCAUUCACUGCCCUAUUUUUGACCAAUCAAAGACGAGGCCGCCUGUGCAGGAGGGCUGGGCGCGAGAAUCGGCGGGAUGGACAAAAAUCAGCAGCUGAACACAAGAGCACAUUAAAACACAAGAGACAUGAAUAGAGGAUAUAUGAGAACUGUUAGUCCAGGCGAUUUUACAUUUCAGUGCUAAAGUUAGUUAAUAUUAAUAAUAUAAAAACAGGGACAAAAAGACACCCAGCAGCGUUUUUUAUGGGAAAAAAUCUUCGACAAUGAAAACGGCUCGUACCGCAGGAGUAUAAUAUUUGGGACUACACAGUGAGUUGGCUCGUUAGCCUGUUAAGGCUAAGUGGAAAUAAUUGCGUCUCAGAAGAAACCAGAAAUGACUGACAGCGGCUUCUAUGGAUGAACAUCUAUUGACGUGGUGUUUAGGAGAACUGUCAUUCCAGCUUCCAGCAUUCUGCAAACUGUCAUGGACAACGUGAAGUCACGCAGUUUUAGUAACGACGAGGAUGAAGAGCUACUUUCCACAGAUCCCGAGAGUAAAGAGAAGAGCAAAGACAAAAAGUCGCUGUGCAAAGUGAAGUGGUCCAGAGAUGAGGAUGAAAAGCUGAAAAAACUUGUCGAACAACAUGGAACUGACUCCUGGAAAUUAAUAGCCUCAGUUUUUCAAGGGAGGACAGAUGGCCAGUGUCAGCACCGCUGGCAGAAGGUGCUCAACCCAGAGCUGGUGAAAGGACCGUGGACAAAGGAGGAGGAUCAGAAGGUUAUUGACCUGGUACACAAGUAUGGCCCCAAACGUUGGUCUGUUAUUGCAAAGCACCUCCAGGGGAGGAUAGGGAAGCAGUGCCGUGAACGGUGGCACAAUCACCUCAACCCAGAGGUCAAAAAGUCUUCCUGGACACAGGAAGAAGAUCGAAUCAUCUACGAGGCCCACAAACGUCUUGGAAACCGAUGGGCAGAGAUCUCAAAGCUUCUUCCUGGACGGACGGACAACUCCAUUAAGAACCACUGGAACUCCACCAUGAGGAGAAAAGUUGAGCAUGAGGGCUACCUACAAGAUGACAGCAAGGCAAUGACAUCCACUCAGACUGGAGCUAAGAGACGUCACCACCGGCUGUGUCCCCUAACGCCCACACAAACUCAGAACUCAGAACACAGUCCCCUUCCAGUACCAGGACCAGGCCAGGUGGGAGGGUUCCAGUACGAUCCUCACAGUGAACACAUAUUGGACAGUCUUCCAGAAAAUCCAGGCUUUAUAUCACCAUCCUGCCUGGAUGAUCCUGACAGAGAACAAAGAAUUAAGGAGCUUGAGCUGCUGCUUAUGUCAGCAGAGAAUGAAGUCCACCAACAAGUGCAGUGCAGAGGUCCCUGUAGCAUGGAGCCAUACUCAGCUUGGUCAGACGGUGUUUCAAGUGAUACAUUAGCCACGAGCAGCAGCAGCCUGGAGGAGCAGGGAGACAGAGAGCCCUGGAGGGGCCCUGAGAUUCCACAGGGUCCCCUGACACAACUUCCUGUCUCCCCAAGUAAGUUCCUGGCCGUGGAGGCCAGCACAGUGCUCUCCUCCCUGCAGACCAUACCAGAGUUUGCAGAAACCAUGGAGCUCAUCGACUCGAUGUGUCUCGCUCUACAGGACCCUGUUGCAUGGAGCAACAUGACCAGCUUUGACCUUUCAAAGGCAGCGACACCACCCAGGCAUGACCUGGCCGGCUUCAACACUCUGCUGCAAGACAGGACCCUGGACAACUCCAUGGGCUACACAUUCAACAACUCAGCUCCCAUUUCAGGCCAAGAUAAAAACUGCACUCCAUUUGGCCUGACCACAACUGCCCCACUGACUCCCAUCAACUCAUCCAAAUACUCAACUGCACCCACUGGCAGGAGGAGGAGGAGAGAAAGAGGAGAAACCUCCCCUUUGUGUAACAGGACCUGUUCUUCUUUCUCAGAAAAUACUGUAAACUCUCCAAAGAAAACACCUACAAAGUCACUGCCCUUUACACCAUCACGGUUCUGCAACAUAUCAGGUGCAGAACAUCUGAGUUUGGAGAACCCAUCCCUCACCUCCACUCCUGUCUGUGGCCAAAGGUGUCUGUUCUACACGCCGCUGCAAAAAGAAACGACUCCAAAACACCAGAAAGAGAAUGAUGGGCCACGUACUCCCAAAUUCCGUAAAACCAUCAUGAUUCCUACUCCAAGGACACCAACGCCUUUCAAAAAUGCUUUGGCUGCCCAGGAGAAAAUGCACGGACCCCUGAAGAUGGAGCCUCAGCCUUUGGCACUUUUAGAAGAAGACAUCCGAGAAGUUCUGAAGCAAGAGACCGGAGCAGACAUCUUUAACAAAGCUGACAUCCAGCCCGACUACCGAGAAUGGAAACAUAAUGUCGACGGUCCAGCUAAGAAAGUCCGCAAGUCCCUUGUGCUGGACCCUUGGGCUAAAGACGACCUCAAUGUCCAGCUGUUUCAAGAGCAACUCAACAAUGUAGCAAAACCAGAGGAACGUUUACUCUCCAGCUCCUCCCUGGUGACACAGACCCCUGACCAGGACAAGUGCAGCCGCCCUUUGACCUCUGCCAGAGAGGAGUCAUCCCUGGCCUCUGUUCCUCCCUGUCACUUCACCAGUCCACGGGUAAAGAAACCCCUUCCACCGCAGAAGGCACCAAAACACUCCACUCUCCAGGUGAGUGAUUGGGAAGCAGUGGUUUAUGGGAAGACGGAGGACCAGCUGAUUAUGACAGAGCAGGCGCGUCAGUACCUGAACCCUUACACGUCGUCUGGCUCCACCUCCAGGGCUCUUGUGCUUUGAAAGCCGUCCACACUACUCCACCCAUCCGACAAACUACAUCCUGUAAGAGACAAUCUAGUCCAGACAAAUGAAGUUGUUAUUCUUCCAACAAAGACAUUCACUGCCAACAACACUUCUCCAUCACUGCCCCCCCUCCCGACCUCCAGUACUUUUUUUUUACCACAUUUCUAACUUGAACUGACUUCAUAAGCAUCAUUGUAUAUAAAUUAACGAGGCUAGAUCAUGUUUUCUGCACUAGUUAGUGAUGUUGAAACUACCUGCACAGACAGUACUGUAGUCUGUAGACAUAGUGUAUUCUUUUAGCAGCAGCUGCUUCCAAGUUUUAUAUUGUUAAUAUAUUGACUGAAUAACAAGAAUAUACAUUUUAUAACUCGUAUUCUUUUGCUAAACUUGCCCAUUGUUGUUUCUCAUGUAGCUUUUUUUAUUAAUCGACAGAAAUCACGGCAUGGGUUUUCAAACACACUCAAGAAUAUAAGACUUUAAAUCACAUACACACUAAUUUAGCUAGAAGUAUAGGAGCAGCAGUAAUGAAGCUGAAUGUUCAUCAUACUGGUGUAGAGUUUCUGGAGGAUGAAAAAAAAAAGUAAGUUGUCAGUAUUGCACUACUGAGUUGAUUUUACUGCUGAGACAGGAGUAAUGUUUAAAGGACAAACUGGAUAGCACUUCUGAUGGUAUUUUUUUUUUUUUUGGUUCUUUUUUUUGUUUUGUUUUUUUAAAAUAACAACACACUUCCUUUCUGAGGCCAUAUUGUCCGCAGAGACAUGGAUUGAAUGUAAUUUCACUGCAAUGUAUGUACACGAGUAAGAACCUCAAGGAUGGAAGGGUACGCUUAUGUUUUUUUUUCCUUUGUUUUAUUUAUUGUCUGACAGCUCUGAAGCUUAGAUUAUUAAUAUAAAUCACAUUCAGUGAGUUUUGUUUUCUUAAAGAAGUUUAACUUUGCUCUCACAACAGCCUAAAAAAACUCAAUUUGCUCUCAAAGCAAAAUCUCUCCCUGUAAUAGAAAAUGAAGGUUCUCCAUUGUUCUGGCCAUUGGUCAGUUUUCACACAGUCAGUGUUUCACAUCUGGUCGAAUACAGAUUUACAUAUUAAAAUGAAGGCUGAAGUUUUUAUUUAUUUAAUGUUUACUAAUUUAUUUAUUUCUUUAAAAAAAUGACAUUUUAAGAGAAACUAUUGAAGAAACUUUAUUGUCGAAAUCAGGAUUGAGCUACCGUUUGGUUUCACCCUUUCUCCGAGGUGCACUGCCGCUCAUGUGACGGUGAUGUGUGUUUUCUGUUUUUUUGUUGUUUUUUUUUUCCAGUACUUUGUUCUCUUGACUGUUAGGUAGCAGGGCUCCACCUCUGACCUCUAAUCAUAGACAAAUUGCACUUUUUACCCUUGUAGUCUUUAUACUUGUUUGUUCAUUCUGACCUGAUGUACAGUAGCACUGUCCUGUAUUUGUGCAUAUGUGUGUCUUAGACGGAGGUCCACAGCUUUUCUAUUGGAUACUGAAAUGAAGGUCAAGUUGCAUUUUCUUGCCAGGUUUGAUUCUCGUGUUCUGCUGCAGAGAGGUGUUUAAAUAUACUAGAAAUGGACAGUUUUGAGGGAAAAAAAUGUAAAUAUGAUUGUCCUGAAUGACAAUGUGAUUCAAAUUUGAUUUAUAUACAGUAAAAUUGUAGGUCACGUCUUUGUUUGAAAAUAACUGGUGUUAAUAGCCAAAGCUGGAAGUACUGUUCUGUAAAAAAUAACAUGAAUUUAUCAUAUUUUUAGGAUACAUUUUGACAUGCUCUGACCUUGUUAUAAAAAAGAAAAAAAAUGAUCGCAGAUUGGAUCAUUUGUAAUUUAAUCUCUUAAUAAUUACUUUUUCUAUUUAAAAAUGGUAUUUUAGAACAUUUCAUUUUCAAAUGAGUGAUUCUUGUUGUGUUCCAAGCAUUAACAAACUACCUUAAUUUGAUGAAUGAGAAAUAGAUUUUACCAAUUCUGUCACUAUCAUCAUAAAAACUGAUUCAUUUUAAGUGACAUUUCAUCAAUUUAGACAUUAAGAGCGUGGCCGAGACAGUAAAAGCGUCAGCUAACAUCAGUGUUCUUUGUAUUAAAGGCAUCACUUGAACAGGAAUUAGCACUAAUCUGGAUUAUCCUGCAUUAAGUAUAGGAGUGAGAACAAGAAGGGAAUCACAUCAAGGAGGUCAAGAGGAAAAUUUAAGAUGGCAGGAGCCACCGUUCCCAAUCAAACAUCAACACCGGACACAGUCGCCUGUGUCUGAUCUGUACAUACUCGUGUGAUUUGAUCUGUUUGUUCCUUUGACUUGUGUUUGUGCAUUUCAUGUGUCCCAAACUAAUAUGUUCUGUUUGUCAAGACUCAUGUAACAUCAUAGAUUUGGAGGUUUUUAAGCACCUAGACAAGGUAAUAGCCUCUGUCAUUUCCUACUGUAGUUGCUGGACUUUGCUUUCAUCUACUAUGUUUGUAUAGGAUUUUACAGUUGAAGUCAUAACCCAUGAACAAAAACAUAGAACUCCACACAUCUAUCUCUGUAACCAUGUACUUAAUUUGUUUAAAUAAAUGCUUUUGUUGCAUGACUUUUUGCUAUUAAGAUUUUGUUUCUUGUUUUUCCAGGUGCUUGUUAUCUUUCAACGUCCUUAAAAUUCAUUGUUUGGCUAAAAGCUA